AUGAACACAAUGAGUGCUAAUAAGUCAGAGUACGGACGAUAUACACACGCAUUGGUGUCCGGAGUACCCAAUAGUAUAGUAAACGCUCAGAAAGUGGAGGUUCCCAUCAAUUUAGAUGAGGCUAAGCAACAGCACCACAACUACGUCCAGACACUCAAGUCGUGCGGACUCACUGUCAUUGAACUGCCGCCUGAAGAACAGUUCCCCGACUCGGUGUAUGUGGAGGACCCGGUAGUCAUCAUCGAUGGAGUUGCUCUCAUCUGCAAAAUAGGUCAUCCGUCCAGAGAGGGAGAGGUUAAUAGAGUCCGAGAAGCACUCGAAAAGUUAGGCAUUCAUUGUCUUGAAAUAACAGAUCCCAAAGCAGUUCUUGAUGGAGGAGAUGAUAGGACCAAUUAUUCUGGUGUCAAAGCAUUACAAAAGGCUUUCCCACAGUACCCAGUGGUCGCCAUUAGAGUGCCCGACAAACUGUUGCAUUUUACUGGACUCAUGUCAAUGGUUGCACCCCAUGUCAUGUGUAUCAGCUCCACACCCGAAGGACAAGAAGUUUAUAGAUCAAUAGUUAGACAAGCUAACUUUAAAUACACUUAUAUCACGGUUCCUGUAGAUACUGGUGCCAAUGCUCUGCUGAUUAAUGAUAAUUUAGCUCUGACUAUCGCUUCUGCGGCCACAUUUGCCGAGAACCGAGAGUUCAUUCGUUGUGCCAAAGCUGGUAACGCAGCCCUCGAAGGCCUCACAUCCCAACAGUUGAUUGAUUUGACCCAAAAAAAUCUGGUGACCGCCACAGCUAUGGUCAACAAGAGAUCCAAUGCCGCCCGACAACNUGGGAAAGCCUUUUGUAAUGCUUUGACACCAGAAUAA